AUGGCGGCGGGAUUGUGCCGCGCCUUCGGGGCGCUCCUGCUGUCGGCCGCGCCGCGCCGCGCCCAGCUCCCUGCCCUGCCCCGCGCCCCGCCGCCCGGCCCUCCGCCCUGCCUGCCGGGGGGGGCGCUGGCGGCUGCCCGCCGCGGGCUGGGCGGCUCGGCGCCGCGCUGCACCACCGACCCCAUGUGGAAAUGCCGGGUCAAGUACACGGUGCGGCCCGUGGGCAUGAAGAAGACGGGCGGCCGCGACCACACAGGCCGCAUCCGCGUGCGGGGGAUCGGCGGGGGACACAAGCGGCGGUACCGCAUGAUCGACUUCCAGCGGCUGCGCUACGAGGAGGGAGCCCCGCCACAACCCUUCACCGAGAAGGUCAUCAACGUCCGAUACGACCCUUGCAGGUCGGCUGACAUCGCCCUGGUGGCCGGCGGCAACCGGAAGCGCUGGAUCAUUGCCACGGAGAACAUGCAGCCAGGGGACAUCAUCAAGAACUCUUCUCACAUUGGCAGGAUGGCAGUGUCAGCCAACGAAGGGGAUGCCUACCCACUGGGGGCUCUGCCUGUCGGCACGCUGAUCUGCAACCUGGAGAGCCACCCUGGGAAGGGAGCGCAGUACAUCCGGGCAGCUGGGACUUGUGGGGUGCUGCUGAGGAAAGUGAACGGGACGGCCAUCGUGCAGCUGCCCUCCAAGAGGCAUAUGCAGGUGCUGGAGACCUGCGUGGCCACGGUAGGCCGUGUGUCCAAUGUUGACCACAACAAGCGGGUGAUCGGGAAGGCGGGCCGGAAUCGCUGGCUGGGCAAGCGGCCACACACAGGCUUGUGGCAUCGCAAGGGUGGCUGGGCCGGGCGCAAGAUCAAGCCUCUCCCACCCAUGAAGAGCUAUGUCAACCUGCCGCGGGUUGCAGCACAGGAGUGACGCCGGGGGCCAAUAAAGCAUUCUCUAUGCCACUGCUGUCGCAUUACGGCUGACUUUUCUGCAUGGGGCCUCGGGGUGCUUUCCCCACAGGACACAUUCAGCUGUGUUCAGCCCCUG